CGUGGGCUCCCCGCUUCUGGGCCCUAGCAGCGCUAAACAGUUCCUGUGUGUCCAGUCUUUAAUAUGUGCGCUCCGCCGCUAGACGCGCUUCUCCGGGACCGAGGUAAUUAAAAAAACCACGAAAUGGAAAACAAGCACUGUGGCCAUCCUCUGUCCUGCUCCAAUUCAACCAUGUAUACAUUGCUGUUAGGGAUAAUAUUCAUUGCUUUGAGCUCAAGUCGCAUUCUUCUGGUAAAAUACUCAGCCAAUGAAGAAAACAAAUAUGAUUAUCUUCCAACUACUGUCAACGUGUGCUCAGAACUGGUAAAACUAGUUUUCUGUGUACUUGUGUCAUUCUGGGUUAUAAAGAGAGGAGAUCAUAAAAGCAGAAGAUUGAAAUGGGCUUCAGGGAAAGAGUUCUCUAAUUUCAUGAAGUGGUCCAUUCCUGCCUUCCUUUAUUUCCUGGAUAAUUUAAUUGUCUUCUACGUCCUUUCCUAUCUUCAGCCAGCCAUGGCUGUUAUCUUCUCAAAUUUUGGCAUAAUAACAACAGCUCUUCUAUUCAGGAUAGUGCUGAAGAGGCAUCUGACCUGGAUACAGUGGGCUUCCCUCCUGGUUCUGUUUUUAUCUAUUGUGGCCCUCACUACUGGGACUAAAACUUCACAGCAUAACCUGGCAGGACAUGGAUUUCACCACGAUGCCUUAUUCAGCCCCUCCAAUUCCUGCCUUAUUUACCAGAGUGAGUGUCCCAGCAAAGACAAUUGCACAGCAAAGGAGUGGACUUUCUCUGAAGCUAGGUGGAACUCCACAGCCAGGGUUUUCAGUCACAUUCGCCUUGGUCUGGGCCAUGUUCUUAUUAUUGUUCAGUGUUUUAUUUCUUCAAUGGCCAACAUCUAUAGUGAGAAGAUACUGAAGGAAGGGAGCCAGCUCAGUGAAAGCAUCUUCAUACAGAACAGCAAACUCUAUUUCUUCGGCGUUCUUUUUAAUGGGCUGACUCUGGGCCUUCAGAGCAGUAACCGGGAUCAGAUUAAGAACUGCGGAUUCUUUUACGGCCACAAUGCGUUUUCAGUAGCCCUUAUAUUUGUAACUGCAUUCCAGGGCCUCUCGGUGGCUUUCAUUCUAAAGUUUCUGGAUAAUAUGUUCCAUGUGUUGAUGGCCCAGAUUACCACUGUCAUCAUCACCACAGUGUCUGUUCUAGUCUUUGAUUUCAGACCCUCCCUGGAUUUUUUCUUAGAAGCCCCAUCAGUUCUUCUUUCCAUAUUUAUUUAUAAUGCCAGCAAGAUUCAAGAUUUGGAAUAUGCACCUAAGCAAGAGAGGAUUCGAGAUUUAAGUGACCGUCUUUGGGAACGCUCCAGUGGGGAUGGAGAGGAACUGGAAAGACUUACCAAAUCCAAGAGUGAUAUUGAGUCAGAUGAAGAUGCUUUCUAAUUGGUACCAAAUAGUUGGCAGUUCUCACAAACCUUAUCUUCAUAUUUUCAGCAUGUAGAAUGUUUAACUUUUCAUUCUGUUAAACCAAGAACAUUCCUGAUGCAUGAUAUUCUCUGUUUAUGGCUAACUCCUCCCUAAUGCUUCAUUCAGGACUUAGAGUACCUAAUGACUAAAAAGUUCUUAAGACUCUGACAGUAGGAACUAAUAGUAUGGAGAUUGCUUUCAUAAAUUGUUAUUCGAUGCAUGGACAGGAUAUGCUUGCAAGUUAUUUGUUUUCUACCAUGAAGCUUGAAAUAGUCACGUACCCUACAAGAUACAAAUAGCAGUUUGCCAGUAUUCAUGCUUAUGUGCUUUUGCUCUGCAUGCUAAAAUGUUCCCUUUUUUACCUUUGUAAAUGUCAUACCAUUUGCCCCUUGAAUUUUAAGGCUCUAAAUGUGCUCAAUUUAUGAGGGCUGGAGUGAUAGCACAGUGGGUAGGGCAUUUGCCUUGCUUGUGGUCGACCCGGGUUUGAUUCCCAGCAUCCCAUAUGGUCCUCCGAGCACCGCCAGAAGUAAUUCCGAGUGCAUGAACUAGGAGUAACCCCUGAGCAUUGCCGGGUGUGACCCAAAAAGAGAAAAAAAAACUCAAUUUAUGAUUAAAACAUAAUAAAACUCUAAAAUAUUUAGUUGAUAGGUGUGAAUAAUCUGCUUUAUAAUAUUGAUUUGAGGUUUUGUAAAAUAAUCUGCUAAAAUUUUUUGCAAAAACAUUUUUCAUAAGCAAAUUCUUGGAAUCUUAAUUUUUGGUAUUCAUAGGGAACUUGAUUUAUAAAAUUACCUUUUGAUAUUUUUUCACACAAAUAAAUUUCAUUGUUGGUGAAAAUUGGUUCUAAAUCAACCCAGUUAACACUUUAUUUUUUCAAUUUUCAUUAUUUGGACUAGUAAACCACAACCAGCAGUGGUCAGAGCUUACUCCUGGCAGUGCUUAGGGGAUCAUUUGUGGUGCUGGGAAUUGAGCCGGGGUUGGCUACAUGCAAAGCCAUUGCCUUAACCCCUGUAUUGCCUGGCUGUUACUUGUAUUUUCAAAUCUCUUAAGCCAUAGGGGGACUUUUUCCUCUUCAAUUUGACCUCAUUAGUCUUAGUUAUUAUAUUUUGAAAAGUGAAUAGAGCCAUUUCAUUUUAUUGAUGAUCGUUACAUAUAUUUCGUCCUAUCUGGACACUGACUUCAGAACUAUACCAGACUGUCAGCAAGACAAAUGCCUGAUUUUCUUCUGAAGGGUCAACUGGGGCACAAAUGACUUUCACGAAAUAGUAUUCUGUAUACAGAAGGCCAGUAAUAAGUAAAGCACUUUAUAGUAAUAUGUCACAUACCAGUUGUUUGGUAUAUAAUUCAUUGGAUCACCAUGAGUUACAACAUUGUUCAUGAAUGGGUUUCUAACACCAUCCUCUCACCAGUGUACGUUUCCUACCACCAAUGUCCCCGGUUUCCCUCCCUCCACUCCACCCCUCAUAAGAUGACCAUGUGUAUCAUGUUGGUACUUUUCAGGCCCUUUUUGCUGGUAGCCAACCAGUUGACUAUGAAUAGAAAAGUGUGGUGAUAAUUUGCAAAAUGAGAAAAGAGGGUCAGAGCUGGCUUUCACCUGUGUUUACAGAUCAGAACUCUGUAAAUGUGAGCUUUAAGGUGUCGUUCUCAUGCAGUCAGUACAUUUCUCCUUUUCUUUAAUUUUUAUCAGAUCCACGUAAGCUGAUAGUAUUUAUGUAAUAUAUCUGUAAUAUCCAGAAUAUUGUGACUGGUAAGAUUUGGUAAAAA